AACUCUGUUGAUAGUCCGGUGAGAUCUCCGUUUCGUUCUAGUAUUCCAGAGGGUGUAUCUGCAGAAUCCUGGAACCAUGCUCCGGAUCCUCCUUCAAUGGAUUUGUUUCCUCAAGGUUCCGAAGAAUGGGAGUUCUUCAAUGCAAUCCCAGACAGAACAAGUCUUAGAUCAACUGCUGAUACUGCUGCAUCUUCUGAUAUGUGUCCAGUUCCUGUGCCUGAGUUGGAGAAGCCACUGUCUGUCGAAAAAACAUCUUGUUCAGCUGAUGUGGCUGCUGUGGUUAAUCCACCUCCUGCAGCUGUUCUGAAGAAACCAUCUGGUGCGGCUGUUCUGGAUAAUCCAACUGUUGCGACUGUUCUGAAGAAACCACCCGCUGUAGCUGCUGUGGAGAUGGUACAUGUUGUGGCUGCCAUGGAAAAGGCACCUACUGUGGCUGCCGUGGAGGAUCCAACUGCUGCGGCUGCUGUGGAGAAUAAGGCACCUGCUCCGCCUGCUGUGGAGAAUCCAGUUGUUGCGGAUGUUCUGAAGAUACCACCCGCUGCAACUGCCGUGGAUCCUCCGGAGAAUCACGGUAAAGAGUCUGAUGUGGAUAACCUGCCUGCUGCGGCUGUUCUGAAGAUUCCACCUGUUACAACAAGCGAGAAUGAUUCAACCGUUCAAAAUUUCAUCAUUGUUGAAGCUGCUAUUUUGGGUGAGCCAAAGACACCAAUUGGCCCCAAGAGUGCAGAUGUCAUUAUGGAUUCUGUUGAGAAAGAUGCUACUACUGGGGUAGAUACAGUUGAUAAGAGGAAUAGAGCAAAGAGAGCAGCAAAGGAUGAGCUUUCACCUCCUAAAAUGAAGAAGAUUCGGGUCUCUCAAGAUACAAUUCAUACGUACGACAAAUUUGUCAUACAUGGUCGGAAAUUAAAGAGGCAGCCGAAGAAUGAUAUGCUCAAAGCUUUUGUUCAGAUUGGACGCUACUUUUGCACAUACAGAAGCUUUGUAGCUUCUCUCAAGCCUCGAAUGCCACUAGAUAGCCAGGUAAUGGAUAUGUGGACUGAGAAGUUCAACCGUGAAUCAACAUUAUUGGCUGGGAAAAGCAACCGAGCGAAGAAAAAUUAUGCAUUCUCGCAGCAUAUGGUGUCUAAGCUAAUUGUCGAUCCAGCAACAUUCAAUCCAAAUGAAUGCAUGAAAGAUUUCAAGUCCGAAGUCAGCAAGUCAAAAAUGCUAAAAGAUGACCUCCUGUACUUCCCUGUUGUGAAAGACUACAACUGGAUUGUGUGUUCUGUCAAUCUUGUGCACAAGCAGUACCACAUUUUUGAUUCAUUGCUUAAAGCUGAUGGUACCAACAAGUUGCAAGAAGCUGCAAAUAAUCUGUUCACAAACUUCAGGAGGCUUGUCAAUGAGUCAGGUCUAGCAAAGAUUGAUUGGUCCGUUUACAACUUGUCUACACCUGACCAUCCACAACAGAAGACAACGUUUGAUUGUGGAUUCUUCUGUCUUCUGUUCAUGGACCAUUUCACAGGGAAGGUGGUGGCAGAGUUUGAUGACAAGGUCAUUCCAGAUUUUCGCAAGUACAUAGCAUCAAGUCUGAUCAACAAUAGAGACAACGCAGAGUCGGUUGAAAAGCUUAUGGAUGCUGAGUUGCAGUCCAAGUAGGAGUUUCUGUAGUUUGAUAGUACUAGUCUUUUUGUGGCAGAGUUACUGUAGUUUGAUCGUUGUUCUGGAGUCCUUUUGUCGGGCGGAUGUAAACUUUGAUCUUCGCUGUGUAAAUGGAUGGAUGCUUCAUUUAGAUUUCUCCGUUUAUAUGUGCACUACAAAGCAUUGUCUUCAACGCAUAUGUUAAUGCAAUAUGACGAGACAAUGCAUAUUUCGCAAUAUAUA